UACCGGAAAUGUAUAAAAUAUUUAUUAAAACUCUAUCUUUUUUACUUUUAUGAAAACAGAUUUAAAACAGUAAAAAAAAAUUGAUUUAACUAGCAACAGAAGAUAAAAUAGUAACUAACGGCUCGACGGUGCCUUCUAUAUCCUAUUGGGACUCAGACCGGAAGUUCGGUGACUUCACAUCCGGUGUGCACAGCACGCGCUUGAGUUUUGAAUGCUGUGAGUGCCGUUAGUUCAUUCUAGAACACGGUCCGCAGGGCGCGAGCUCAGAACGCAACUCUCUCUCUCCCUCUGUCUCCGCGGGUGAGAUGUGGGACCCGGAUGAAGUGGCCCGGAUGUGUUAUGAGCGCUACACGGCGCUACCGCGGAGAGGGAAACCGGAAGAAGGUCGUGAGUGGACGCAGCUCGCGGCGGUGAUUCAGGUCACGCGCUGCCCUGUAACACACACCGUGCUGAAGGAGGUGGUGGCCCUGGGGACGGGAACCAAGUGCAUCGGACACAGUGCCAUGAGCCCUAAAGGGGACAUCCUGAACGACAGCCAUGCCGAGGUGAUCGCCCGGCGGAGCUGCGUACGGUACCUGAUGGAGCAGCUGUGUCUGGCGAUAAGAGAUGGUCAGAGCUCCGUGUUCUGUCACACUGAUCAGACGGGGAAGUGGAGGAUUCGCCCUGACGUCUCCUUUCUGUUCUUCUGCAGUCACACGCCAUGUGGAGACGCCUCCAUCAUCCCCAUGAGGGACAGCCAGGCUCAGCCGUGCCCACUGGUCCCACGAGCCAAUCAGGAGUCAGAGCAGGGAGACAGGAAGCGGAGCGCCGAGAGUGAGACGGGUGGAGUGAAGAAGCGUGUCAGAGUGGACAGACAGCAGGACGUGGGUGAUGAUCCCUGCAGUAUUGAGGGCGUAGGGGAUGACGGAGCGGGUGUAGAUUUGGGAAGCGAGGGCGCAGAGGUGAGCUCGGGUGAGCAGGCACGUGACGUGCACCGCACCGGGGCGAAGUGUGUUCCCGGGGCGCCGAGUGACCCGCGGGGUCCGGGGCUGGACUUUCACACGGUGGGCGCUCUGCGGGUGAAACCGGGUCGCGGAGAACCCACGCUCUCUCUCUCCUGCAGCGACAAACUGAGCCGCUGGUGCACGCUCGGCUUCCAGGGGGCGCUGCUGAGCCACUUCCUGCAGGAGGGCGUGUACUUCAGUGCUGUGGUGGUGGGGAAGUGUCCUUACAGCCCACACGCCCUUCACCGGACCAUCAGCAGAUGUGCGAGUGUGACAGGUCUGCCAGCUGGAUUCUCUCCACACACUCCUGACCUCCUGCAGUCCAGUGUGGAGUUCAUACACGGUCGCACACACACACUGCAAUCCCAUGAUGCCUCACAGCAGGGCCGUGUGGUGCCGUGUGGAGCCGCCAUAAGCUGGUGUAGCGUCUCCUCUCAGCCUCUGGACGUUACUGCUAACGGCUACAAACAGGGCGUGACGAAGAAAUCUCUGGGAACACCACAGGCUCGAUCAUUAAUCAGUAAGGUGGAGCUUUUUCACUCCUUCCUUAAGCUGCUGGAGUUAACAGACGACUCGGAGCUUCCUGACUCUCUCAGGGGAAAAGAUCUGAGCUCAUAUUGGGACUAUAAAGUAGCGGCGGAUGAAUACCAGCAGGCGUGGACCGCACUGCGCACGCAAGUGUUCACUCUGUGGCCUCAGAGCCCUCGACACUUACUGCACUUCACCUGACACACACACCUUUUGAAGAACCAGUGAUGUAGGAGGCGUGGAGGUCACCAUGACACACACACCUUUUGAAGAACCAGUGAUGUAGGAGGCGUGGAUGUCACCAUGACAACAGCUCACCAUUAAAACAACAUUUUGGAACUGUUUAAAAAAAAAAAAAAGAAAACGGAGGGGUUUAAGUAUUAAAAUGAGUAUUAUAUUAUGUGUUUGGGACACGCCCACAUCUUACGAUGUCAUAGUUCUGUUUUAAACUCCGGAAAUGAGUAAUGAGGCUUAUAACAACAAAAGAUAUCUCCGGUUUCCUGAUCAGCUUGUGCAGGUGUAUGUGUCGGUGUCAGUUGAUGAGGUCAGAGGUCACGACCCCUGUUCCUCCCAAGCGGACAGUGUGGUGUUCAAUGAGCUGCAGGAGACAAAAAAAAUAGCCGUUCCUGUGUGUUUAUUGGUUCGGUCUUCCAGCUACCUUACCGUUUACAUCACGCUCUUAAAUACAGAUAUAUAUAUUUAUACAGGGUUCAAUAAAAUUAAACGUCUAAAAGUGAUUAAUAGUCAUUCAUUAAUUAAUUAUUAAUAAUGUAGAUAGUCAUGGCAGCACCUCUGAUUUCAUCAUCAUCACCACCUCACUCACACAGAUACACUAACG